AGCGUGUGCAGCAUCACGUGUCGCUCGGAUCAUGUGACUCCAGUCACUAAGUCAAAAACAUCCUCAGGCUGCUCCGUCUUUUAGUAUCUGGGUGUUUUAGUCGCGACAGAAGCGACGUUUGUGUCACAGCUUGGCUUUUAUUGCCCAGAAACUCGCAGGCUGAGAGGAGUAUGCGCUGUUCAUAACAACUGAUGGAAAUGACGCUGCAGACGGGGAUCUUGUUCCUGGUCGUGCUGGGCCUGAGCUCAGCGCUGAUCUGUCCUGAUGGAGGCAUGUGUGAGGACAAAAACACCUGCUGCAAGAACACAGAGGGAGGCUACGGAUGCUGUCCACUGCCACACGCCGAGUGCUGUUCAGACCACCUCCACUGCUGCUACGAGGGGACUCUUUGUGACCUGGUUCAUGGAAAAUGUGUUAACAAGACCUCGUCCCUGCCGUGGAUGAGGCGACGUCCCUCCCAACGCGUCCCACAUGAGAACGCGCAGGCCGUCAUCUGUCCGGACCAGUCGUCCGAGUGCCCGGAUGACACCACCUGCUGCCUGGUCCCUGACGGCUCCUGGGGCUGCUGUCCUUUACCAAACGCUGUGUGUUGUGAGGAUAAGCACCACUGUUGCCCACAGGGAACAAAGUGUGAUGUUGCUCACUCCAAGUGCGUUUCCUCCUCACUGGAGUCCGUGGCUAUGCUGGUGAAGCUUCCUGCCUGGAGGAGGGACAAUGAGCCAACUUCGACCAGCAGCUCAGUGAUGUGUCCUGGUGGGAGAAGCAGAUGCCCAGAUGGUUUUACAUGUUGCCAGCUCACCGGCGGAGACUAUGGCUGCUGCCCCUACCCGCAGGCCGUGUGCUGCAGCGAUCACCUCCACUGCUGCCCAGGCAGCUCCACAUGUGACCUGGAGCAUCAGGUCUGCAAGUCUGGAGAGGCACGCCUUCCUCUGCUGAGGAAGAUUCCAGCUGUGCCCAAAGAUGUUGUUUGUGAAGACAAGAAGUCUAUCUGUCCUGAUCAGACCACGUGCUGCAAGUUGGUAGACGGCUCAUACGGCUGCUGUCCGAUGCCAAACGCCGUGUGCUGUUCAGAUCACAGCCACUGCUGCCCGGCCGGCACACAGAGCGACCUGUCCCACGGCACCUGUGUGUCGGCUCAGGGGGAGAGCCCCAUGGUGCCAAAGACCCCUGCUGCUGCCGCCGUGAUGGAGACCGUGGAAACACGGAGCAGAGUCGGUUCCGUUCCCUGUAAUGACUCCGUGGCCUGUGCUAAUAGAAACACCUGCUGCAAGAAUCCAGCAGGGGAAUGGGCCUGUUGUCCUUUACCCAAGGCUGUGUGCUGUGAGGAUCACCUGCACUGCUGUCCCCACGGCACCGUCUGUAACCUGGCAGCCUCCACAUGUGACGAUCCGGCCGACGGCGCCGUGCUGCCCUGGCUCGACAAAGCGCCCGCCUUUCCCUUCCUCUCUGAAAACAGCAAAUGUGACGAGUCCAGCUCGUGUCCUGGAGAAUCGACCUGCUGCAGGACUGCAGCUGGAGCCUGGGCCUGCUGUCCUCUCCCUCAGGCUGUUUGCUGUGACGACCACACCCACUGCUGUCCUCACGGCACAGUCUGCAACCUGGAGGCUGAGACCUGUGACUCGCUGUCCUCACCGUCUCUCCCAUGGGUUCGUAAGGUCCCGGCUCUGACCUCUGAGCUCCAGGACGAGAAAUGUGACCAGCGGAGCUCGUGUCCAGGAGGAAGCACCUGCUGCAGGAGAGACUCUGGCCAGUGGGCAUGCUGCCCUCUGCCUCAGGCUGUUUGCUGCAGCGACCGCGAGCACUGCUGCCCUAAAGGCUACGAGUGCAACGCGGCAGCUCGGACCUGCGACCGGCCCGGAGGCCCCGGCCUGCCCUGGCUGCAGAAGGUCCCGGCGCUGCAGGAGGAUCACAACAUGUGUGACUCCCAGACCAGCUGCCCCAAAGACACCACCUGCUGCUUCAUGAGCCGCACCCAGGAAUGGGGCUGCUGCCCGCUGCCCAACGCUGUUUGUUGUAAUGACGGGAACAACUGCUGCCCCAGUGGCCUCACCUGUGAGCCUCACCGCUCCUCCUGCUCCAAGGGCCCCCGGGUCAUGGCCUGGCUCAGACAGGGCGCCACGCCCGGCGCGCCCACCGACGUCAAAUGUGACAACAAGAGCAGCUGCGCCACCGGGACGACGUGCUGCAAGCUGCCCCAGGGCGACUGGGGCUGCUGCCCCCUGGUCAAGGCGGUUUGCUGCGCCGACCACGAGCACUGCUGCCCUCACGACUACACCUGCAACAUGGAGACGGGGACGUGUGAGAAGAAGAAGCACAGCCUGCGUCAGACCUCCGUGGUCCCGUCCAAGCGGAGAGACCACAGGGAUGUACCCUGUGACCGCACGGGGACCUUUCACUGCUCCCAGCGACAAACCUGCUGCAAGGUGUCGUCCUCAGAGUGGGCCUGCUGCCCCUCGCCCAGGGCCGUCUGCUGCUCCGGCUCCAGGCACUGCUGUCCUGCAGGAUACGCCUGUGACCUGAAGGCUGGAGGCUGCACCCUGGAAGCCCCGCUGACGUGGGACACUGGGUUCCAGGACAGAGAGAAAGACUUUGUCCCUGGUGGGCUUUAACCAGGGCACUGAUCUCCGGCUCAUGUUGUCUGAGGCCGAUAAGGGCUUUUCCUCUGUCUUGAUUUGUUUUUGCACCCGUGGCUGAGGCGGGGCGUUGGCCAGCAACCCUGCAGGCUGAGCGGCGUCUGCGUACAAGGACGAGCCUGGUGUUAGAACUGUCAGUCCUGCGUCAGUUAGGAAGCUUUUAAAACGUGCAACCGAGUUAUCGUCCACUGUGACGAUGUCUUUUGCAGCAGCUGCACCAAGAAACAAACUGCAGACAACAGACAAACGAUCUGCUUCAUGAGCCUCCAGCUGAUUUAAUCACAUUUAGUUUGAGUGGAGCCGUUUUGUUGUUUUCGCCUGUAGCCAUCAUCCUCCUCUCUCCUUCUCUCUUUCCUCCAAACUGGAGCCUGACAUCGACACACAGGCACCGAACGGAGCACAAAGAAACCGAGGAGCUUCAGUAUCUGCUUUUAUAACUUUAUUUCUAGAUUAGUGGCAGAUGUUUUUUUAGUAAAUGCUGAGUUUGGCGGUGCAGAAUUGAUCCAGUCAAUCUAGAAAAUGAAUGGAGGAGUGAGCUCGAACGCUUUGUCCACUUUCUUAAAAUAAAAUAAGAUCAUUUGUUUUAGUGUU